ACAACAACAACAGCAGCAGCAGCAAAAGCAGCAGCAGCAGCAAAAGCAACGGGCACAACGAGCAAAAGAUGCAGGAGAAGAACAAGUGAGAUGCAGAUGACAUCCUCGCCUUCACCACGUUUGGCACACAACCCCUCCCAGCUACAACUUGGACGUGGAAGACCGCAAAUCAAGUCGUCAGCAACGACAGCAACGAACGCCCCAACAUGCACCACCAAGUCCGCGCAGAGUGCUCAGCCGUCGUCAUCUGCAACAACACCAACAGCGCGAUUGACGUCGCUGGGGCGGGGCCGACCAGCGCUGGCAGCCUCCCACGCUACAGGCUCCCACGCCACAAGCCCCCACACCACAUCCUCAACACCACAUGCGUCUACCGCGUCGAACCGUGGGGAGAUGAAGGCCAAGCGAGCGCGGCUGGGCACAGCACGACCUGCCCUGCAACCGCACACGACUGCUCGUCUUGGCGCUGGCAGGCCACCGCUAGUGGGCAGCAGCAAACCUGUCGAUCAGGCCGCAAACCAGCAGCUGCUGCAACCACAAUCUCGCACACCAGCAGAAGGAGGGCCUUCGGAUGCCACCACAGCGAAAGCAGCUUCAACACGUGCGCCCACAACAAGAUUGACGCCAACGGCAACGCCGACGGUGAUGCCAUCAUCAUCAUCAUCAGCAGCAGCAGCAACAACAGGAGCAGCAACAGCGGCGGCGACAUCAGCGCCACAUGCACAAUCGACACCACCAGCAGCAGCAGCAGCAAGGCAACGCAAGCCCCGCAUGUUGUCGCUGUCAUCCACAUCAACGGGACGGGCGUUUGCAGGGAGAAUACGUGCCACGCGUGCAGCAGUUUCGAGUGCUGA